AUGGAAGAAGCCAGCAGGUUGCUUUCCACCAUCGAGCUCGACGAGUAUACAGUCAAGGAAGUUCAGAAUGGUUGGGAGACGACCGAGAAGCGGCUGGGAGGGCCCAAAGCCGCAGGUGAGGAGGUGCUUGGAAAGUUGAAGCACGAGCUGCCCAAAACCCAAGGAAUGCUGACCAGGUCGAGCACAGUGUGGCAUCUCUUGUCCGAGCUGUUGCAAGACCUUGCCGAGCCGAAGCUGGUCCAGAAACGCCUGGAGUACAUCGCCUUGCGCCACAUGAAUGCGGACAUCACUACCGCCGACGUCGAGGUGUUCCGCGGUAUCCUUUUUGAAGUUUGUGCAUCGAAGCUUGGUGGUCUCAUGACUCCCGAGUUCCAAUUCGGUUUGGGUCAGGUGGUGGUAGCUUUGGGUACGUCGUUGGCGAAGACUCACGAGCACUACAAGGCACGGCUGAAGCUCUUGACGAGCUGCUGGAAGGAGGUGAAUGCCAAUGAUGAGGAGGAGGCCGAAGAAGAGGUGUCUGAGGAGAAUGGAGAAGAGCAGGAGAAGAAGACGGAGAAGGAAGAAGACGGGGAGAAGGAGGCGAAGAAGGCAGAGGAGAGCGGCGAUGGUAAGGGAGAACAAGAACAGGAAGCUGAAACGAACAGGCACGGAGCAUGGAAGGACAAUGAUAACCUCAACAUUCCUAAGACCUUUGCAGCCAUGGCUCGGUUCAACGCUGCUGUCAUGGGCACUGGAGACCGCAUUUGGUUUGGUGACAUGCUCUAUGCCAUGGAAUCCCUGGUUCCCUACAUCGGCAACAUUGACCGAGUUCAGGAAGACUGCGACGUCCUGACGCUGACCUUGGCCAAGUAUGGGCAAAUCAACCUCAAGGAGUUUAGGUCCGUGAUGUUUGCCAGCCUCCGGUCCCUGCUGCCUAGCACCUGGAGCUUGGAGCAUGAGAAUGCUUGGUCCUGGUUCUGGGGCAUCGUGGAAAAGAAGGUGGAGGAGAACAGGCAGCUGCCACUGCAUAACCACCAGUGUUUGAGGACCUUUCUCGCUCGGAUGGAUGAGGAGACCCUGGCGGAUUUCAAGCUCAAGGUCUUUGACACCUUCUUUUCAACCUGUGAGGAAUCGCAGCUUUACCUUCGGGCGGCCAACAAGCGAUUGGUGUACAUCAUGGGAAGGAUUCUGACGAUCAUGUCGGACAUCUACACCAAGACACAUCAGGCCGUUAUCGCUCUCUCCGCCCUAGGCCUCCUCCAUGCGGGCCAUGGAGUCCCCGAGGAUUUAGUGCGCCCCUUUGUCGCGGCGUUUAUGAGCAACAUCAAAGAGUACUGCCCGGACCAGUCUUUGCAUGAUGGGCUUUGGUGGACGCUGGACCUUAUCGGCAGGAUCUUCAUCCGAACUUUGGCUGAGGGUUCCACCCCGGUGAUCAUCGCCAUCAACAGGAACACCUCCAAGGCCAUGAAGACGGCGGUCGCGAACUAUCCCCGUGGACAGCGGGAGGUGGUGUUGCUGACGGUGCAGGUGGGCACCGAAUCUAUGUCUCCCUUGAUAUGGGCUAUUGAGAAGGGCGCCUUGGAGUCGGCCCGGGAAAUUCUGAACGACUUGCUCACCAUGCGUGCGGACCGCGCGCGGUACUACUAUGGCAUGGAGGCCCUGUUCACCCGCCAUUCCGACAUCAUCAGCCUGCUUUGUGUCAAAGCACCCUCGCUCCUGUCAACAUUGUUUGAUGGGCUCAUCUGGCGCUCCAAGAAUGUGAAGAAUGGAGUAAGGCGCGCGAACUUCUACAUAGCUUCGCUGCUCGUGGGCGAAGACGGCCAGCUUACCGAAUCGCUCUUGGAUUUGAUCAAGCAAGGCGAUCCUGAGAUCAUUUGCCACCCCACUGUGGUUUUCCAAUCCGAUAUGCUGUGGAAUCGGCUUUGUCGAACACCUUGGGCUCUGACGAAGAUGUGGUUUUGCGUUACUCUACUGGUCUUCGCCCUGGCAGAGCAGCAGGCCAUCCUGUCAAGUGAUCCUCUUAGUACUGAUCGGUAUAAGGUCAUUUGUUGCCGAGCGAUCGUGUACGUUGGAAGCCUUGGGCAGCUCUUCGCCAAGCAUGCAUACCAGACGUACAGAGCAGUUCGCCAGAAACAGAUGACGCGCCUUUGCGGCUGUUUGCCUGUACCGCAGUACGUGCUCCAGACACGACAGGAGCUUUUUGAAGUUUUGCUGCUGCUUCUCUUAAUAUGUAUGCUCUGUAUCGAGCCGAUGCUCCACUGCCUCGCCGUCAGUAGUGAAUUCGUGUUGGACUGCUGCGAGUAUGGAGAGUGGCAAUGCAACCUCAUUGCCUCAUAUAAUCGCCUGGCAGCCUUCCCGAUGCUCCUCUACUUCAUGCUCGGCUCUGAGUUGGUGCACCUGAACGUGCAGCUCUCCGUCUUCAGUGUGAUCUGUGCUUGCUUGAUGUGGGAGUUCUUUCUCUAUGUGGCUGUCUUGAUUUUCUUCACUGCGGCGUUUGCUUCAGCAGUGGCGUGCCUACCGCCCGGCACCGGCGCCGACUCUGUUCAGAUGCGGGACUUCUUCAACUGGCCUGCUGCUUUUGAAUCUAUGUUAUCCAUGGCCUUCAACACCUAUGGCAGCUCCAACUACGAAGAAAUCGCUCAGGCAGACGAGCCGAUGUUGAAGUGGUUUAUUAUUGGCUUCGCUGCAUGCUGGCAUGUCUACCUGAUGAACCUCAUGGUAGCGCAGCUGUGCCAGCGCUACAAGGAGAUCUACUAUGACGCUCGGGGAAAUGCCCGCUUGACCCGCGGCAUCAACAUCUACGAAACCUCGAUGCCGCUGAUUUCCAAGAAACGGUGGACGGCCUUUGUGGAAUCCCUGCACCUGCUUGAAGCUUGCGAGCUCGAUGAGGGCGACAACGGUCCCCGUGGCGCAGUACCCACGACGGAGGACCCCUACAAAUACCUGCAAUACCCCAAGGUGCCCUUGGACCGGGUGCAGCGGUACGGAGGCCUUGCCAACCCAGCAUUACCAUGGCCGUCCCUCGAGGAGGCUGUGGAUGACAGCGCGGUGGGCAAGCUGACGCGGAUGACACAACAGAAGUUCGAGGAGAUGGACAGGCUCAUGGUGGACAUGGCCAUCAAGCUCCAAGUCCGCUCAGGAGCUGGAAGCGGUGGCGGCUCUUUAGGCACAUCGCGUGUCUCGCAGCAUCGUGAUGAGAGCAAGGUUGUCGACGAGCAUGAAUCAAAUGACAACGCUGAUGCUGAUCGUGCCGGCACCACCGUCAUAGAGGCCAACAUUGAAGAUGAGCUUGGUCUGAAUGAAGGGACGGCGCAAGAGCUGCUGGACGAGCGCACGGAAGAGGCCGUGAUGAUGAACCCGACACCCUGUGACACCAUCCACCAGAGUGAGAAUCGAAGCCCUUGGUCAGUGCAUAAUUAA